UCCACUUCAUGUGAUUGCGAUGACGUCAACACCUUUUGAGAGCCCUGGGAACGCUCCAACUUUCUCUUGCGUACUCUCACCGGACAACACACAGAAUACCAUAACCUACACAGAGAGGGUAGUUAGACCAAGUCUCACUCCUGGAGGCUACACACUGAACAUACCGGGUAUGGAAGUAACUCAGACCGGUGGAUUUACACAGAACCUGCCUGGUGAUGAGACGUCAGUUGGUGUCUAUAGGUGUUCAAGUACAUCUACAAUUACUGGUACUUCAACAUCAGCAGAUGUGACAAUUCUCUCACAAGAAAGACAUUUUCAACCAAGUGACGGUCGCCUCACCAAAACGGUUUAUCCAGGAGACGACAUCACGCUUGCAGUGUCUGCCACUGAUAGGUAUGAUUCAGGAACGCAGGAGAUCAGAUGGAGCACUUUUUCAAACUUUGCAGAAGGAUCUUUGUCUCCAGAUGGAGAUGGGACACUGACCUAUACAAUUCGUUCAGCAUCUAAGAGAAAUGCAGAUAUCUACGGGACAUUCCAAAAUAAUAUGGUUGAUAAUCGUCUUUACAAUUUGAUUCGAGUCAUAGUUAUUGAAUGUCCCCGUGGCCGAUGGAACCUACCUUUAUGUGAUAGUUUGUGUGAUAACUGCUACAAUGGAGGAAUCUGUCAUCCUCAAUCAGGAACGUGUAUCUGUCCCCCAGGAUUCAUGGGCAAGAACUGUUUAACUGCAUGCGGUAAACACCUUUUUGGAUGGGAGUGUGAACUCGAAUGUGGUGCUGGUAAUGUUCUUGAUGCUUGCAGCGGAAGUCAAGUCUGUCUACCCGAUCCCUAUGGUUGCAACUGUCUCUCUGGUUACACAGGAAUAUACUGCGAUGAACAAUGUCCUCCAGGAAAGUUCGGUGUUGACUGUCUUCAAGACUGUCACUGUGCAGGAGGGGUGCCAUGUGAUUCUUUCACUGGAAGAUGUGAAGGAAGCUGUGAGGAUGGAUGGUCAGGAGAAGGCUGUCACGUUCCAUCCGUGUGUCCUGUUGGUUACUCUGGAAUCAAUUGCACGAAGUUCUGUAACUGUCCUGAUCUGUCAGAAUGCGAGAAUGAUUCUGGGUUCUGUUCAUCAUCAGAGGGACAAUGUGAGGUUGGCUUUGUCGCUGAAACACCAGAAAAGCCAGACAGAUGUUUCACAUUUGUUGGGUGUUUCGAGUCCUGUUCUAAGACAUGCCAUUGUGCUGCUACCGACACGUGUGACGACGAGUCAGGUUCGUGCACUUCAUGUCAUCCACGAUGGUCGGGAGACAAUUGCCAAACAGAUCGUUUUACCGCUACUAGAGAAAAGACGAAUCCAGGCAUUGCAAUCAUUUCCUGCACAUUCGCUACCGAUUUAGACGAUGGCCUCUCCAUGAGAGCUGCUAUUGGGGACUUCACAACUGAAAGUUUCGUUACUGCUACUUAUACUGACACAAGUGAUGGAUCAUCGUUGCAAUCGAACUUUACACUUUCCAUCGAUGACAUAGAAACUAAAACAAUUUACUGUUUCGUUGGCAACUUAACCAGUGACGAUGGAUUUGCUUAUGUCAGCCUGCCCCCUCAUGGGACAUUCGUUCUUCCGGUCUUCAACAGCCAGCCAAGGUUAGCAGAACAAGGUUACAAAUAUUUGGUUAUUGCAUGGGAUUCUUGGAGCCCUGGCGUUGAUGUUGGAGACGACCCUGUCAUUGGCUAUAAAGUAUACGUUUCUUCUUCAGAUGGGAACGAUACAAACACCUUUAUAACGGCAUCAGGUGUUCCAUCUGAAAGGCCAGGAUCGGUGGCUUCAAGGAAAAGAAGAGGGUAUGAAGGAUCGAUGAAAUCUUCCUAUGAAGUGUUUACAACGGCGAGGAAAGAACGAGACGGAAGGCAGAUGAAACACCUUCGGGUGGAAUCCUUACCCAGGGAUUCUUCUCGGAAAAAGAGGCAAGGAGAUAUAAAAAUCCUGAUGCACAAUAUCACUGGUCUGGACGAGGGUCAGUCGUAUGAAAUUCGUAUUUCAGCAGUUCGUGAGGGGCUGAACGGUGAAGGAGAAAUGGGUCCUGCUUUGAGUGUGACCACUCGCGAGAUACCUGUAGAAUCGCCUAUUGGUUCUUCUACUAUUGGUCCUAUCGUUGGUGGCGCUAUAGGUGGAAUACUCAUCCUUCUGUUGAUUGCCGGCCUGGUGAUCAUAAUAAAAAUAAGAAGGAAUCGAACCAAAGAAGUUUCAAAACCUGUGACUAACAAAAACGAUGGAUUUAUCGAAGGCAUUUCCACUGAUAAAGGCCAAGAAACAGAUCAACCAUCUCAGCGGUACGAAAACCUGGGGCGUCGGAAACCGAUGGAACCUUCAAACCAAAUCCCUAUGCCCGACCUACCAACUAGGCCUACUCCUUUAGACGAGGGUUACAAGCCUACACGAAUUACAGUAGAGGAAUCUUCAAAGGAUCGCCGCCUCAUACCUGUCUCAAAGUUCGCCACUUUUGUUGAGAAUAAUAGGCACACUGACACAUUCUAUAAGGAUUUCCUUAAUUUGGCAAACGUUUGUCCUGGUCCUCCAGCCUUGAUGAUAAGAACUGCGUUGAAGAAAGAAAACCGGUCAAAGAGUCGAAACACGAACAACCAUCCACUGGAUAGGAACAGAGUCAUCCUAGAGUCUGUGGGCUCUUUAGAUUCAGAUUUCAUCGAUGCCAGCUACGUCAAGGGUAUUCGAUGCCGGUUUAUAACUACACAGAUGCCUAUGCCUAACACAGUCGCCGCUUUCUGGGACGUGGUAUUUUACAACCAACCAACUGUUAUCAUCAUGCUUAACGAUGAUGACAGACGUAACAAGGUUUGUGCCCAAUACUGGUUGGACAAUGGCGUUGCAACUUUCGGAUCCUUUUCUAUCACAACGUUGUCUGUCUCUGAGAACGAAGGACUGAUAGAGAGGGAGAUGCAAGUUACUAGAAACAAUUCAAAGGCUCGUCAUGUAGUGAAGCAGUACCAGUUCUUACACUGGCCAAAUGAGGCCGAGCAGCAAGCGAAUCGAGCUCGUCAACUAAUCAAUCUAAUGACAAAAGUUCAGGAAACUUUAGAACGAUUCCGAGAAGGGUUCCCAGUAUGGGGCGCCAAGUGUCCGCCAGUGAAUUCCGUCCAAAUCACGGCAUUCCGUACACAAAAUGUGUUUUUAUUCAGACGAAAAUCAUUUCGUCAUGACGCUUUUUUAUUUCGUACACAAAAUUUAUUUUUUGUCACACAAAAUCAAUUUCGUCUCGACGAAAUGCACGAAAUCAAUUUCGUCUAGACGAAAUGUAAUUGCGUCCACAAAGUUUAUUUGGCGUGCCAUACGAAAUGAAUUUUUAUCAAACGAAAUGGCGCACCAAAUGUCCGAUGGUAA